GAGACCUUUUAUUACCUUUAGAAACAGAGAAAGAGUGAGACCUCCUUAUUUCACUUUUAGAAACAGUGAAAGAGUGAGACCUCCUCGUUUUAACUUUAGAAACAGUGACAGAGUGAGACCUCCUUUCAACUGUGCUGUAGCAACAUGUUUCCGCUCUCAUUUAGUCCCGCCCCGGAAACUGAACUGUAUCCGCGCGCGGGGUUCAAUAUUAGAAGCGGUCCACGGACAGUCGGUCGGUUUCCCUCCGCGCCUGAAACAGACAAAGAUCUAAUAAUCACAGAUCGAUAACCAUCGUCAGAGUCAAACAUGGCAACGCCACCGAAGAAGCUGUGCCGGUCUCCCGCCAGUCCGUCGCCGAGCGACAGUUUCUCCCGCAGAGAGAAGAAGAUCUCCAUCGAGGGAAACAUCGCUGCAGGAAAGUCUACGUUUGUGCGUCUCCUGCAGGCGGCGUCGGAGGACUGGGAGGUGAUCCCUGAACCCAUUGGGAAGUGGUGCAACGUCCAGAAUGACAGCGAUGACGUUUACCAGGAGCUGAGUUCCUCUCAGAAGAGCGGAGGCAACCUGCUGCAGAUGUUGUACAGUAAACCGAGUCGCUGGUCCUACACCUUCCAGAGUUAUGCGUGUCUCAGCAGGGUUCGUUCUCAGCUCCAGUCUCCGUCCGUCAAACUUCAGCAAAGUGAAAAACCAGUUCAGUUCUACGAGCGCUCGGUCUACUCCGACAGGUACGUGUUUGCGUCAAACCUGUUCGAGAGUGGGAACCUGUCGGACACAGAGUGGAGUGUGUACCAGGACUGGCACACCUGGUUACUGAACCAGUUCACACCUGAGAUCGCCCUGGACGCCAUCAUCUACCUGAGGGCCCAGCCACAGCGCUGUAUGCAGCGUUUGCUUCACCGGGGCCGUGAAGAGGAGCAGGGGAUUCCCCUGGAGUAUCUGGAGCAGCUCCAUUUCAAACACGAGGCCUGGCUCCACCACAGGAGCCUCAGGUUGGACUUUGAUUAUCUGAACGAUCUACCUGUUCUGGUUCUGGACGUUGAUGACGACUUCAAGAACGACCGCAUCAAACAGGAAGGCAUCAUCAACAGGGUCAGAGAGUUUCUCACCACGCUGUAGAAUAAUCCACCAAUCACAGCGCAGGAUGCCCGUGUUUGGAUUCAGUUACACUUUACACUAAAUAAGUUUGUCUCAAUGUAUUUUAACAUUUUAAAUAUUUUUUAUUUACUUGACUCCAGUUGAAUUUCACCUUUGCGUUUAGUUCACAACUCCUUUGGAAAAGCACUUGUUUGCAUUACAGAUUUAUUUUUUAUACUUGUAGAUACAUUUGUGUGUGUGUGUGUGUGUGUCAUUUUUUCCGUUUGAAACCUGGUUUUAAGCUUCAGGUUAAACUUUGACCUCGAUUUCAUGUCAAUGAGUGUCCUCACAUCUAACAUAGGAGGUGUGUGUGACCACGAUGCUUCAGUAUGGAUAAUUUUUUGUGUCAUAAACGCACCAUGAGUUGACAUUUCUUUCUGUGUGAAUCUAAAUCGGUGAAUACAUGACAUCAGACUCUUAACUGUUUGUUUCCCUGUUUAUUGGAGAUGUUUCACAAAACUUUGUUUGAAAAUCGAUUGUUUUAAUACUUCAGAACGAAACGUAAAUAUCACAACAUGACAGUGAAUUUAACACUACACAGUGUAUUAUAAGUAUCACAGUACUGUGUAGCAAUACUGUACAGGAUUUUUUUUCUUGUAAAUAAAUCUUCAAACAUU